AAGAAUCUGUUAUUUAUGACAUUUCAGUGGUCUCCGAAAUUGUAGUUGAUAUCAUUAGUAUACUUGAUUAAAUGAGUAAACUAUAUAGAUUACUUGAGUAGCCUAAACUAUGUGAGGCUGUAACAUUUAAAUCGUUAUAUAUUUAUUUAUUUUUUAUUUAAAACGUAACGUUUGAUAAUGGCUUUAUCUCAGAUUCAAUGUAUGGACAAUGAACAUAUUAAUCCGCGAAUUACUGAAUCAAAACCUGAGUUUCUCUACAGCGAAGAGCAACGAAUUGCGUUGGAGACACUUUUCCAGGAUGGACCAGCAGCAUACGGGGCAUAUCUUAAAGCGCAAGACAUGCGGGGGUUUUUAUCAGACCAUGAACUGGAAUAUCUGACUACAACCGUGACGGUAUACAACCCUGGUGGUAUUACAGGCCAUACACAAAUUAAUGAAGCGGGAGAGGACUCCAACGUGCCCUCGGAGUACUGGCCUGAUCGUUCUGACCAUUCCCUUUGCGAGCUGGAAUUGGGCUGGCCAGACGUCACAGCCUACCGAGGAGUCACCCGUGCUACUGUUUAUGCACAUCCACCAAUGGAUGGACAGCCGCACAUUAAAGAAGUAAUUAGAAAGACGAUUACGCAAGCCCAAAAGGUCAUAGGAAUUGUCAUGGACCUAUUCACAGAUGUGGACAUAUUCAAGGAUCUGCUGGAUAUGAGCUACAGGCGGAGGGUGGCUGUGUACAUCCUCCUAGACGCCACAGGAGUCCCCCACUUCCUUCAAAUGUGCCAGAGAGCAGGCAUGCAUAAGGGACACCUCAAGAAUUUACGGGUCACCUGCACGCGAGGCACAGAGUUCUACACUCGCUCUUCAAAGAAAGUUUGCGGCGUUGUAAGUCAGAAGUUCAUGUUUGUCGAUGGAGACAAGUCAGUGUCCGGCUCCUACAGCUACACAUGGACUGCAUCCAGACUGGACCGAAGCGUCGUCACAAUGCUCACAGGUCAGGCUGUGGAGACCUUCGACAGGCUGUUCAGGGAUCUGUAUUUCACCUCCGGAGCUGUGAACCUUUCCAGCGUUAAACUGGAUGAGGAGCCCGAAGUCGAACCUCUCCAACAGUCUAUCCAAAAUCCGCAAGUCGCUGCUGCGUUGGCCCGCAAGAUGUACAGCGCAAAAUACGCCUUGGUGUCCAAUUCCUCUCUAAAGAGCACUGGGACUUACUCAGGCAGGAACAGCUCGGGAAAUGCGAAACAACUGCCGAAAUAUUUCCGACAGCCCAGACUGCUGGAGGAGCCGAGGAUCCACCCCGGGUUGGUGGACAUGCAGCGGGCCAACAUGAUGAACUACCUACCAACCUGGCCCGAGCCAGAUCCACCGAGCGACGUCAUCGGCAUCAUCAACAUCCGCGACUCCAGCAAGCCUUUCCAAGCUCACCUGAUGCGCUCCGAGCUCUUUGAGACGUCGCAGGCGAUCCGAUUCAAGGAGCCAUUCCACAUGCCCGAGGAGCCUUUGCCUGAGAAGGCCACCCCUCGAUCGCGCCUUGAACUGGCGGACCUUCUCUCAUCCGUGCAGCCACUGAAGACCAAGGGUGAGGGGCUACGGAUUGCUGAUCUAAUAGCGCAAGCACCACUUAGGCCACAGCAUGAUCAGGACAGUGUAUUAACUCCACCAAUAGGAAACCCGAGAAUGGUUCCUCUGAAUGUCAUUAAUGAGUGUGAGAGUGACACGGCUGGGGUUAAUGGGGAUAAAGAACCACAGGUGAAUGCUGAGGGUCCUAAGGAUCUCCACUCAGCUCCUGGCUGUGGCGCCAAGUCUGAACAGCCCUGUUCCACUGCUUCUAACAAACCCAACAGAGGAACUGAAGGCCCAGACAGUGACACUGAGAAAACCAGAGCCAUGGACACUGGCAUUGACAGGACUGACAGCAAAUCCAAUGUUAAUGACUCUCGAGCACAGUCGGCUAAAAACUCCUCAAUGUCUGAUAAACAUGUUCAGUGUAAUGGCAAUGUGCCUGUUAAAUCUAAGUCAUCUGUACAUGUAAAUGGGCCACAUACACAUUCAGAGAAUGCACACGUUAGAAACGGCAAUCAACAGACUGACAAGAAGCACACUCAGAGCAGCAAUACUGCUAAAGAAACAACCAUUCUGUCCAUGACGAUUGGUGACACAAACACUAAGUCCAAACAGCACAAAUGUGAGAACAACAAUCUUAACGGUAUCAACAAUCACCAAAACGGUAUCAAGGAGCCAAUUUUGUCUCAGCCUCCUAUAUCUGGACAGAACGAGAAUAGCACACAGAAGACAGAACUUCAGAACAAUCAUCUCCGGCCAGAAGAUACAAGCCAGACUGGAACACACUUAAAUCCGAAGAUAGGCCAAAAGCAAGACAUGGUGGAAAGACAUGUCAAUCAUUUGAAGGCAGAGAGGAAUGGGACUGCAUCUGUAGUCUCACAAAAUGAAUACGAUGAAAAUUCACUCAGGGCAAAAGAGAAAGCUAGCCAGCAAACACUGCAGGAGAGAAACAGUAAAUUGGAGGUAAUGCAGCAGGACUUAGGCAGUCAGUGCGAAAAGGCAGGAUCGCAACUCAACUCCUCCGAGCUGAAAGAGAGGAAAGAGGAGACUGAAGUGACGAGCAACAACAAACAACACGCUUUGUCAGCCAAGGAAGGGAAAAACACUUGUCAAGAUACACAGUUGGUACCAGAGGAAGUGUUAUUUAUAUCAGAGGAGGAUGAUGAGCAGAAAGAAAUGAGUCUUGCUGUGCAAAACAAGCCUCGUGGACUAGAGAAAAAGAAAGAGCAGGCAGCAGUGCCAGAUGUGUGGCAAAAACGUUCCGAUUCAUCUCCGAAGAGCAAGCGUGAUCAAGCAAUGAAAACGGAAGGCAAGCACAGUGGACAGUCAAAUGGAAAGGUGGAGUCCACAACAACAACGAUGGCGACGGCGACAACAAGGAGCAACACUGCAAAGCAGGUGGACAGGAAGGGUCACCAGCAGCUGUCCCAUGGAAUAAGCACGAGCAACCUUGCAGCCUCAAAGGUGAGACAUGAAGCAGGCAGACAGCUGAGAGAGAAGGUGGAGAAAUCCCAUUACACAUCAACACCAGAUAUCGCCAGACAGCUCAAAGCCGAGAGCAGGUCUGGAGCAUGCCUGCAAGUAUCCAGGAAAGAGGGAUGCCAGAUGCCAGCACCUCGCGAUAAACCAGGGCAGGAAAGAGAUAGGGAUCUCCAGGAGAGGAAUGCACAGGGACAGGCCAGACCCAAGACGGAGAGCGAUGGAAAGAAGCUGUACAGAGCCUCACCCAAUCCAGGUUCCAGAACGCCGCUUGCCAGCCGGACGGAGGGGCCUGCCAAAAGUCCUGCUGUCAAACCCGACUCCACCCCUGCCACUGCCAUGACAACUACGCCCGUGAAAAGUUCCUUAAAGUACUUCCAGGGAAAAGUGUUCAGCUCAACCAAGACCAGUGCAACAAGUGCCCUGCCUCCCGACCAAGUAGCCAGUACUUCGACUGCUUCGCUUGACAGACCUGAACUCGUAUGCCAGGUGGCCGGUCAGGCCAACUCCCCCGUGGGUCAGUCCACGUCUGUCUUAGAUAAAUUGAAGCACAGUAAUUCCACCUCCAAAUCUCCCCUUUUGCUCCAAAGACUGUUACCACUGAGGAGCUUGAAAGAGAGAAUGACUAGAACACCAAGUCAGAAGAAGUUGACUACGGUGGGGGUAAAAGAUGCAGUUUGAAGGGGUGACUGACUGUUGACUAUCUCACUGUUGAGACUCCAUAAUCAGAUAUGGUGUUUGUGCAAUGUUUUUACCAAAAUGUAAAAUUAUGUUUGUUUAUUUUGAAGGGAAAAUAAGGAAAUGAAAAUGGUUUGAUUUGUGCAUGCCCUUAAUGAUUUUACCUAGCAGGUGGAGGGACCCUGCAGUUUAUUUCAUCAUUUGAUUUUAUAUCAUAAAUGAAAAGAAAAGGACACAAUCUUUUCACAUAUCUCUGAGAGAGGAGACACUCCAGUAUCUUACAGACUCUCUAUAUGCAAAUUAAGGGUGUUGCAAUGCUCAAGCUUAGUUGAACGUAAGUAAACAUGAUGAUUAAAUUACCAUACCCAAAAUAACACUUCAUCCCAA